GGCGCGGCAUUUAGCGACGAGCUUCGUCUCUUACCGCGCGAAACUCGCUACUUGCUGGCAGAUGUUACCGCGAGUUUAUUAAAGUGAUCAUAUAACAAUGGGUUUACUAUAUGUGUUUAUGUUUGUUAUGGUGGCCGGAGUUGUGGCAGAUAGGAAACCCACCAUCGCUGAGAAACUGAGAGAGGAUACGGAUCUGUCGCAGUUCUUGGCGUUGCUGGAGCGCAAUGUGGUCGCCAACAUGAGUCUUCAGUACCGCCAGAUGACACUGUUCGCUCCAACCAACCAAGCCUUCCAGAGAUACACCGGAGAAAUGGACGAUUCGCUUGUUCUUUUUCACAUAUCAAAUUUGGCAACGACACUCACAAAUUUGGACUAUUCAAUAUCGUCAGAGCUAGACGGGAACCCUCCUCUGUGGAUAACGAGGCGCCGGGACUCUAUGCACGAUGACAUUUACGUCAAUAAUGCCAAAGUUGACAUCACAAGGACGUACCAAGCCACCAACAGAAAUGGCAAACAACAGGUGCUUCACGUAAUAGACCAAGUACUUCAACCCUUGUUGCCUUUAGGGCAAAGCUCCGUCGGCACAACCGUGUAUAACCCUAACGCCUACCAGUUUCUGGAACAUUCGGAUUUGUUCGAUAUUGGACAACAUCGCCUCAGGUCGUUCCGUCAAAAAGUAAACCAAAUCCCAAAGAAGGAUGUUUUUGAUGCGGACGGCAGACACACGUUCUUCAUUCCAGUUGACGAAGGUUUUAAGCCUACAACGCGAUCCGAUCUGAUAGAUGGGAAGGUGGUAGAUGGUCACGUCAUUCCCCACCAUGUCCUCUUCACACAGGCUACUCCCGACGGUGAAGAGUUCAAGAGCAUGGCCUUCAGUGAUAACGUCAAAGUCAUUAUCUCCUUCACUUCCACCCCUAACGGCAAAAAUGACAUCACAUACGUGAAAUCAAAUACAGUCGCCGGCGAUGCGAAACAUAGUCGUGGCGUUGUGCUGGCAGACAUUGUAAGAGCUAACAUUCCAGUUAAAAAUGGAGUUGUGCAUCUCAUACAACGACCACUAAUGGUGGUCGAUACCACCGUCGUAGACUUCCUUAAGGAAAAAGAAGACGGACCUUUGUGUAAAUUCUACGAAGUGAUCAUGGACUUAGGCGAGCACAAUCAGUUUCUUAACGAGCUUACUCUCGCCAAAGACAUCACACUAUUUGCGCCUUCAAACGAAGCUUGGAACGAACCAAAUGUGCAAAAUAUUAUAAGAAAUCACCAAAAGCUUAAGGAUAUCCUGAAUCUCCAUUUGGUGCGGGAGCGACUACCUUUGGACGCAAUCAUUCACAAUAAUAUGAACCAGCUUCCUGGCGCAAUAUAUCAAGCACCAACCGCACUGCAAAGGAAGUAUCUGUACUUCAAUGUUAUCAAUCAUCAAAACAAUCUGACUCUAACUGUGGAAGGCGGUGGUGUUAAUGCGACCGUGACACAGACAAAUAUUGCUGCAACCAACGGCUUUGUUCAUAUCAUCGACAGAGUUCUUGGUAUCCCUUACACUACUGUGUUUGAGAAAAUGAAGACGGAUCCUAUGUUGAACAUUACUUACAACAUGGGCAAGCGACAGAUGUUUAAUCAGCAGCUGAAAGAAAUGGAGCAUCGGUUCACAUACUUCGUGCCUCGAGACCACGCCUGGCUCAAGUUCCAAAUACGGCAUCCCACUGCUUACAAAGCGCUGUUCAGAGAGGAUUUCGGAUAUUACACUAAGCAGAUUCUGGAGCGUCACGUCAUCCGCUCGGAGCGCUCGUACACCGUCUCAGACCUUAAGCUGCUCGCAAACGAGACUCAUCCUUUCGUGCUACCGACAACUCGCGACCCGCUACGCUUACGAGUCAAGGAAUCCGAUAAAAAUUACUACGUUGAAUGGAACGGCCAUUGGAUCCACGUUUUCCGACCCGAUGUUGAAUGCACUAAUGGAAUUAUUCACGUGAUAGACGAACCGUUUGUCCUGGAGAGUGACAUUCACGUCACGGGUGGCGUCACUCGUUCGGCUUACACCUUCCCUCUCAUUACACCUUUUAUAAUCGCUAUUAUCUUGAACAACUAAAUCAGUGUUAGCCUGGAUUCCAUAUGUUCUACAUAAACCGGUUUUAAUCGAAUUUAUUCCAUACAAUACCAUUAAAGUCCAUUAAACUUAACAGUAGUGAUGUACCCGUUGCUAAUGUGUUGAAGUUAGAUAGUUACCAAUUUAGAUAAGGAAUUGUAAUGAUCUUUGCUUAUCUAGGGACUUUGCUGCUAAGAUAUCAAAAAUUUUAUGAUUUUUUUUUAAUGAAAUUAUUACAUUUCGACACUGCCAUCAGGAAAUUAAAAUAUAGGAAACAAAAUAAAAUAGUUAAUUCAUUUCAAGUUUUAGUGAGACGUAAGAAAACAUUUUUCUUGAGAAGUUUAACAUUUAAAAAUGUUUAAUAGUUUUCACGUUACAACACGGUUACUUAAAAACUAUCUUAGUAAUUCAUCUUAGUUGCCUGUUAAGUGUAUUUUAUUCGAUAAUAGUAUAAAUGUUUUUAGAAACCGCAUUUGAAAUAUAUGUAUUGUUCUCUUACUAUUUGUAUUACAUAUAAUCGUAAAAUUACAUACAUAUAAUAAUCUAAAUAGAUUUAAGAUUUUAAAUCAAAUACCGAUUAUUGUUUUUUUUUGUCUCUCAGUACCUUUGUAGUGCCUUCUUUGGUGAAAAAAAUCUACAUUCCACUUAUAAAUUUAUUAAAGCUAUAUACGUUGCAUCUCCAAGUUUUCUAAAUUUUAAUAAAGUUUUUAUUCAUAUUCUAUUUGAAUUAGGGGAAUUUUAAGUAGCUUAUAUUUACAAUAAAAGUAUUAAUUGAAUGAAGAAGUAAUUUUUAUUUGUAUAUAAAGAUGAGAGUGCUUAUUAUAAUGGUGCAUUUUGCGACUAUCUUACUUCGGUUCAACACUGAAUGGUUGAGAUCUUGGAGUUUAUCGUCCAAUUGAAGUUAUGAUUCUUAUCCAAAUACUUAGGAAAAUAACAGAGAUCUAGCAUCAGUGUUGAAUCGACAGCAAUUAUUAUUAUUAGUGAAUGUAAAUAUUUAUUUCUAAGUAUUUAUAAGUUAUUAAUAAAAUGUUUUUAAUAUGACGGACGCGACUGAAAUUCAUAUCGAAACAAAAUACCGUUGAAAAAAAAGUGCUAUUGUUUUUUAAACUAAAAAGAAAUUUUUUUGAAACAAUUUUAUACCAAACUGUCAUAAUGUAAUGUAAUGACUGAUUUUAUAAAAUCAUUUACUUUUUAAUGUUAGACAGCUUUCACUCAGAAAUAUUCGUAAGCAGACUAAGAUAAUAAUUUAUUUGAGAUAUAAAAUUAAAUUUACUGACAACAUAUUAUAUAACAGGAUAAGAGUAUUGCAACAGUUCAGCUAGUCUUUUGCUUUGUAAAUUAUUAAUUUAUAUAGUUAAUCCGUGAAAAACAACCAUACCAAAGUUUACUUUAAUAGUUAUACGUCAUGACGGUACAUUUAUUGAAAAUAAUAAUAUAAUUAUUAUCCCAUACAUACAUAAAUAUUAUAAACAAUAUUAAUACUUAUAAAAUUAGAUGUACGCGGGAAGUAUUGGCCCAGGACAAUAUAUGUUUGACCAAAAAUGUGCAACCAAUAGUUUGGUUAAAUGUAUUGGAAUUAAAAAUAAUAUUGAUGUUAUCUUGAAAUGUAUCAAUUAAACAAUGUAUUUAAGUGUUUUCUGAAUAAAGACUUUACCUAUGUA